AACAAACCAAUCCGCUAGAAUGGAUAGAAUAGAAUCAAAAGUAGACGAAAUUGGGCAAAUGACAUCUCAAUUUGGAAAAAUGGUACUUGAAAAUCAAUCCAAAAAACCGAUAGCCAAAACAAAUCGAACACAACGAUAUUAUCCUUUUCAACCAAUAAAUUCCAGCGUUUUAGCUAAUGAGGAAGGUAAUGAGGGUGGAUAUGAUGAAGAAAAAGAUAUAUGGUAUGAUUCAUCGGAAAAAAAAAAACACAUAUUACCAGUAAAUAAGUUAUCUUCAGAAGAGUUGAAGACUCAAUACUCCGCAUCAUCCAACCAGCCAAAAACAUAUAAUGAAUUAUUUCCAAAGCUUUCACCGGUAAUGCGAAAAAUGUGCCAGUCUCAUACAGUUCAGAAGGAAGAAUCAAAUGAGUGGUUUUCAUCUCUACAAUACCUGAAUGCUAAAAUAGAUAAUUUGUUAAUCUCUGAUUCUUUCUUAGAUCCCGGAAGUGAGAUUGGAGUCUUAAAUAAUGCAACAAUUAAUGCUUUGGGAUGGAAAGCUGACAAGCCAUCUAAUUUCGAUAUAAAAGGUAACUCUAAAUACAGCACUGAAUCAUUGGAAUGGUUUAUAGAUGUACCAGUCAGUAUAAAGGAUAAGGAUG